GUGGCCCAGGCGGGGCGGCGGCCGCUGCUCCCCUGUCUGCUGUUUGUGUGACUCGGUGGCCGGAGGGGGAGAGCCGCCCCCUCCGUCCCGCUUCCCACUCUGCUGUCUCCGCUCCCCUGGCUCGGGCUGUUUGUGCGGGAGACACCCCCCUCCUUCGUUCCCUCCCUCCCUCCGGCCACCUCCUCCCCAGAGCCGGAGGAGGCCGGAGCGGGCGCGCUGCUGCUGUGUCUCCGGGGUUCUCUCGGCCCGGCCCGGCCGCGCCGCUGCUACGGACAGAGGAAUCCCCCCAGCGGGAAGACGGCGCAACCAUGAGCGGCGGGGAGGUGGUUUGCUCGGGCUGGCUCCGAAAGUCCCCGCCGGAGAAGAAGUUGAAGCGAUACGCAUGGAAGAGGAGGUGGUUUGUGCUUCGCAGUGGCCGUCUAACAGGAGAUCCGGAUGUGUUGGAGUACUACAAAAAUGACCAUGCCAAAAAACCUAUUCGUAUUAUUGACUUAAACUUGUGUCAACAAGUGGAUGCGGGAUUGACAUUUAACAAAAAAGAGUUCGAAAACAGUUAUAUUUUUGAUAUCAACACUAUCGACAGAGUUUUCUACUUGGUGGCAGAUAGCGAGGAGGAGAUGAAUAAGUGGGUUCGCUGUAUUUGUGACAUCUGUGGGUUCAACCCUACAGAAGAAGAUGCUGUGAAGCCACUUGGCAGUUCUUUACAAGCAUCUGCUGAAUUACCGUUAGCUGUCAACACUUCACCACCAUCUGUACAAGGAGAAUCAUCCUUACCUCCUCCAUAUCAACUAAUUAACAUCCCACCUCUGGAGUCCUCAUCUAGCCAAGAAGAUCCUCAGGAUUACCUAUUGCUAAUAAAUUGUCAAAGCAAGAAGCCUGAACCUACCAGCCCAGGGUCAUCCUUUAUCUCUGAAGAAGGGAAAGAAUAUCUGCUACUGGAGGAUUUUGAAAGUAAAAAGAUUCCACUGCAAUUGCAUGCUGACUCAGCAAAGUCCAUCUCUUCUGAAACAGACUGCAAUGAUAAUGUACCCUCCCAUAAAAAUUCUGCUCCAUCAUUGAGCAAGCAUGCAGUGAACGGCUUUUUUCAGCAACAAAGUACCUAUGACUCUCCGCCACCUCGAGCAGCAUCAGUAUCCAUAGACUGCAGCCUUUAUAACCUGCCUAGGAGUUAUUCACAGGAUGUUUUACCAAAGGCAACAUCUCCAGCUGGGACUGAUGCAGAAGGAGAGCAGCAUGUUUUCAAUACCCCUUCUGCUACUUCUUCAUUAGAUACACAAAUGAGGCAUUUCUCCAUUAGUUAUGAUAUUCCCCCAACACCUGGAGGUACUUAUCAGAUUCCACGAACUUUUCCAGAAGGAACUUCGAAGCUAGAGACUAUUCCAGAUAUUCCUCCACCUCGGCCACCAAAACCACAUCACGCUUCAGAUCGAUCUCCCGUGGAAACCUGUUGCAUUACUCGCACUGCCUCAGACACUGACAGUAGUUAUUGCAUCCCUACAGCAGGAUUGCCACCAUCACGCAGUAAUACCAUUUCCACUGUAGAUUUGAAUAUAUUUCGUAAAGAUAUUAGUUCUCAAGACUGCUAUGAUAUUCCACGAUCAUUUCCAAAUGACAGAGCUAGCUCACUGGAAGGCUUUAAAAACAGAAGCAUGUUCACAGUGGGAAGUGUUUCAAGUGAAGAACUGGAUGAAAACUAUGUCCCAAUGAAUCCUAACUCUCCACCACGGCAGCAUUCCAGCAGCUUUACUGAACCCAUACAAGAAACAAACUAUGUACCUAUGACACCGGGUACAUUUGAUUUUUCGUUAUUUGGAAUGCAAGUCCCUCCACCCGCCCACAUGGGUUUCAAGUCCAGUCCAAAGACCCCUCCCAGAAGGCCAGUACCUGCUGCAGAAUGUGAACCACCACCAGUGGAUCGAAACCUCAAACCUGACAGAAAAGCCCUUUUGAAGCAUGGCUGGAGGCCUCAUGACCCAACAGCCUGGAUCAAUUCAAGAUACAGCCUUCAGAGAUGUGUAAUAACAGGUCAAAGUCCUAAAAUUUUAAGACCUAAACCACAUGGUUUAGAGCGAACUGAUUCACAAACCAUAGGUGACUUUGCUACAAGAAGAAAGGCAAAACCAGCUCCACUAGAAAUAAAACCUCUGCCAGAAUGGGAAGAAUUGCAAGCCCCAGUUAGAUCUCCUAUCACCCGAAGUUUUGCACGAGACUCCUCCAGGUUUCCUAUGUCUCCCAGACCGGAUUCAGUUCAUAGCACAACUUCCAGCAGUGACUCGCAUGACAGUGAAGAGAAUUAUGUACCCAUGAAUCCAAAUCAGUCCACUGAAGACUCAAUUUUGUUUGGCAGCAACAGUCUUGAUGGAGGAAGUAGCCCUAGGGUAAAACCAAAAGGAGAUAAACAAGUAGAAUACUUAGAUCUGGAUCUAGAUUCUGGGAAAUCUACCCCACCUCGUAAGAAAAAAAGCAGUGGUUCAGGGAGCAGUGUGGCAGAUGAAAGAGUGGAUUAUGUUGUGGUUGACCAACAGAAAACACUAGCACUGAAGAGCACACGAGAAGCAUGGACUGAUGGGAGGCAGUCUACAGAAUCUGAAACUCCAUCUAAAAGUGUAAAAUGAAAAUUCUACUAUCCCUCAAAGAACAAAAGAAGUAUCAUUUAUCACAAUGAAUUUUGAUGAAAUACAGAACCAUAACUGCCAUGUUGCUUGACUGAACAGUACUUGGCAAUUCACUGGUGUGUCGCUUCCAGAAGGGAUAGAUGGAAGUCAAAGAACACUUAAAAUUUAUCAAAGAAAUCUAAGUCAGAGGACGUUUUAAAUACAUCAAAGAAAUCUUAAGAUCCUAAAUUAUCUCUGGAUAAUUCAUCAAAUGUAAAUAAUAUGUAAAAAUAGUAUUGCUUGGCUCCCAGAAAACCUUUUGUUCUUCAUUUAACAUAUUUGUAGUAUUACUAUGUUUAUGCACUUUUUCAGUUAGAAUGUUGGUUCAGGUAUUCCCAGUUAAUGAAUUUUAAUGAUGAAUUCAUUUUGAGAAUUUUUUCUUACACUACUAUACAUUACAAUUCUAGGUUAAGUAAGCUACAUGUAGAUAUGGAAAUUAAUGUUUGAACUUCAUGUUAACAACUUAGAAAUGAUUUAGCAGAAGUAGUGUCACAAUUUAAUAAUCUACUUGAAAUGUCAAGAAAUAAAUGUUAGUUACAUACUGUUUUUAUAUUUAAUACAUGCAAAGAAUAUUUGGAAGUCUACAGGUUACCAUUCUAACAAUAAUUGCUGUGAUUUAAUAAUAAUGAACUAUAUUGGUUUUAGGAUCUAGCAACAUGGCUUAAACAUUAGUUAUUAGUGGUGGAAUGUCUAAUGUAUUUUAUUAAUGACAGUGUUCUGUGUUCAUUGGGUGAAGAUUCUGCAGGGUGGGAUCUUACACUUUUAAAGACUGAAUAAUUAAUUGUCGAGUAAACCUGCAAACCACUGAUGGCAUGCAGUAAUGUUGUGAUCUCACACUUUUUAACAAGUAGUAACCUUGAUAUUAUUUACAGAAGGUAGAAUAUAUAAAUAAUCAGGUACGUACCAAGCACUGUUGUGCUAAUACACUGAUCAGGUUUAGACAAUAAACUUAGUUUUAUAUUUCUUAGAAGUCCUAAUGUUGGUUUUCAAUUUGAAAUGAAUGGGACAGUUUGACAUUCUCUGUUUGUAGUACUAGCACGAUACUGUGAUUUUGAAUUAGAUAGUAAUUCAAAUGGAAAUACUAUGUUUUGACACUAUAGUGCCCUUUCUACAAUCUUUAUUUUACUUAAUCUUCUGCUUUGCCUUAUAUUUAGAUCCCUAUGCAACUGAUAUUUUAUAUCUAUUUUUUAUAAAAUAGAUACUAUAACUAACUGAUCCCCUUGUUGCUUUUUCCUGGUACAGGAUGUAAAGCUUUGUGUACUGUGAUCCUUUUUGUUCACUAUCCCAGUUCCAAGUAAUACUCUGCCUUGGUUUAGAACCAUAAUUUAGCUGUCAGGAAGAAAAUAGAUCUUCAAGUACAUAAAUAAUUUAAAUUUAUUAAUUAUGUCUGGAUUGAAAAUUUACUAACACUUUUUUUUACAGAGAUACCUUUAAAUAAACAAUCUCUUUUUGUCCAGACCUUUUAAAUGCUGAAUGAAUGUGUUAGUCUUGUUUUCUGUCAUGCUGGCCUUAGUACUGUGCCUACUCUACCUUAGGUUUUUUUUUCCAGUCUACAGUAUGUAAACUGUUUUAUUCUUAACGAGGGUUCUUUUUAAAUUAGUAAUAUUUUGAUGCUUUUAAUGUUCUUUUUUAACAAAAAAAACUAAAUACAAUGCAUUUUGAGGUGAAUUUUAAAUGAAUUAAAUUGUUCAAUUUUGAUGUGUAAACUCUGUCCAAUGGAACCAGAAAACAAUAAAAAUUAAGAUAUAUGGGAAAAGUGCCUAAAUUACCAAACACAGUUUUUUCUGUGAAGUUGCUGAUUGUAGAUACAAUAAACAGUACUUCUAAAAAACUAAGCCUAAAAGUAUUUUCAGAAGCAAGUUGUUGAGAAAAAAAAACCCAAACUGCAAAAUUGGACCAAAUUCCUGUCCUGUUGAAGCCAGUGGAAUUAUUGCCAUGGUCCUGAGCAAAACUAGGUAUGAGCUAAUUUAUGACUAGACUGGUCUUCUAAAAAAAGGGAGCAACUAUAUCAGGCUUCCACUCAUGCACAUCGUUUUCAAGGACUGAAGCAUUACUGUGCAUAAUUAUUCUUGCUGGUAAGCAAACUUUCCUUAUUUUCUUCACCAGUACUGCAAUUGAAGCAUCUAUAAGCAAAGCAUGUGUUUGGUACUCCAUGUAAUAUGGAGUAGUCUUAUUUAGGAUACUAAUUUCUUUAUACUAUUAAAGCAGAAAUGCUGGAGCCUGAUUUCCCUCUCGCACUAGUCCUUCAAGGACUUCAGAGGAGUUACUCCUGUUCUAAACUGAUCUUAGUGGAGGAUCAGUCCUUUCAUUUAUUCUGAACAAUAAAUAUGGUAUUUAUCAAAGGGCUACCAUAAGGGGGCUUGGGGCCAAAAUUGUCCCCUCAUAUGGAAAUAUACAUUGAGGAAGCCUCAAAACACUGGGUUGAAAUUCAGAGUUUUCUUUUAACUCUCUCCACAGGUGGGAAAGUUUGGAGGUGGUGGGAGGGAUCACAGAGGUGUUUGUGAAAGAGAAUCUCUCAGUCCCCUAAAAGGGGAUGCUCCUCUGUCCCUCCUUCACUCCCUGACAGUGCGGCUCAGUCAGGAUUGUGCACUAUCAGUUUUUCAGUAUGACAUUUUUAUCUCCAGUACUGUGCUUCUUAAUAAACAAGUAGCAAUCUGAGGAUUUCCUUGACACUUUCAACCAUUUCAGUGCUUCAGGGCCAUUUUUUUUUUUAAAGCUAGGUUUCCUAAAGUUGCACACCAAUAUCAAUAUAUAGGUACCUAAAAUGAAUGGUUUUUCAGAGGUUCUGAGCACUUGUGACUCCUUUUGAUCUCAGUGCUUAACUUUAGGUACCCAAGUUUGAAAAUUUUAGCCCUCUUGGAUGAGACAAAAGGCAUAGUUUAUAGUGAAUGAUGUAUCUGGUGUGGACUUUUGUCCUCACUUGAGUUAUAACUUCCAUUUUAUUAGACUUUUUAAUUCAAUAACAUCCAGACUGUUAGUUUCAGUGAGCAAAAAUUUAGUAUUUUUGUUUUUUAUUUUGUUUUCCUAAAAGAGAAACUAUCAAACAUCAGUUUCCAGACUCUACAGAUAGUGUGGACAUAAUGCUUUUAAAAAUAUUACUGUAGUGGUUUUCUUGACUGUUUUUGGAUUUUAAUAUAUUUUUCAUAUUCAUUUUUGGCAUUAUAUUAUUGUCAGCUUGUAUUGCCACAAGGACAUUCAAAGAGAGGGUGGUAUUAAUACUGUAUAGUAUAUCUCAUUUCCAAUAACAUAGCCUAAAGUAGAAUUGUAUGCCGCCUAUUUGUUGUCAUGCUCAUCUGUUCUGUUGCUAUGAUUCUGACAUUUUAAAAUGUGCUGAAUUCUAAAUUUAGAGGAAGCAGAGGCAAAGCUAGACUACUGGCCUAUUGUGAUUUUCGGUUAUUAACUUUAUGGAGGCAUCAGGUACUACAGUAAUGGGUGCUAUUAUGAGGACCUCAAUAGAUGUGAAUGCAAAAGGAGUUUGUCUUGGCAAUGUGUUAUGUUCUUUUCAAGGAACAGGUAAGCUACAGAUUGCUUUGUUGGUAUAGUAUAUUGUCAAUUACGAGAUGACUGUAUUGUUUGUUGCAUUAUUUACAAUGAACAAUGGUAAUUUAAGGCACAAGGCAAAAUCUAUAAAAUAAAGCAAAUGCCAUUUGAAUCUAAUUUGAGCAACUCAAAUAUGUUUUUCAGUUUCAAGGUAAAAGUUGUUUUCUUCUUAGCCAUUGAAAUUUGGCACAUCUGUAGUAAAUCUUCUCAUAAUUUCCCCCUUCCUUGAGAUGCUUCCUUGUAUGCUUUAGACAUUAAAUAGAAUUCUGCCUUAUUUUGGCAGUUUUUUAAAAAAAGUCUCUAUUGGUCUAUUACAGAAGAGAGAGAGACAAUUCAAAAGGAAAUUCAUGCAAACUAAAAACUCUGUAGUGCCUAGAGUAUUAAGAAAUGACUUGAAAAAUUCCUGUAUUUCAGUGUCACCAAAGGUCAUCAUGUCAACAGUUUCUUUUCUGUUAGUACUAAUGACCACACUUUCACAAUCUAUUGCUUAUUAAGAAUGUUACCUCACAAGCUGUUGAAAUGUGCAAGCCACAAAAUUUACUGUUCCUGCUAUGUGAAAGGCUUAUAAGGUGACACUGAUGGAAAAGGGUAGAGUGUAUUCAUUAUAUUCUAACUCACUGCAGAAAUUUACUUUGCACAAAUUCUUUAAAUUUAGCUUUUUUUAAAUAUUCUGUCCACUUAUUGCCAUUUUGACACUGCCACACACAUGGCUUAUGAGACUAAUCAUAGUCUUGCCAUUUUAAUCUCGUAGUUUAGAUUUCAUAGCUCCAUUA